GCCGUUCUAUGUUUUUCUGUCGAUUGCUCACACUGGCAAAUCUUCAAAGGAACCAUUAAACUAGGGAUACUUGAAAUGAAGCACAACUAAAAGUUUAAAAAUGGAUACAAAUAAUGUGACCGAUAUUGUUACCGUAAAAAACUACAUAAUGAUUUUUGACAUUGAAAAAUGUUUUUAUUACACCCUAAUGUGCUCAAGACUGUAUCGUGUAGAAUCGUCCAUUAGUGACGUCAAAAGCACACAAACAUGGCUAUUUGUAGUACAUAUCAAUGAAUGCUUUUUAUCAAAACAUUUUUGUAUUUACACUAUUUAUAUUCUAACCUUCACCAAAUUACUGUUUCCCCCUAGUUUCCGGGUAAAGCGGAAGUACACCGGAAGUAGCCUGUUAAUGUGUUGUGACGUUACCUUGACAACAAGCUCUGUCAUGAACGUUUUCAAACUUUUUACAACUACAAGUAACUCGUCGUCACAAUGAUGUCAUUGUCAAAGAACAAGUUCAAAAAGUUGAACGAUUGUAGCAAACCAGCCGAGAAGCGGGAGGGGAAAUGUGUUGUGCGUUUCAAAUGUGGAACCGCCGGUACCAUGCAUGAUGUCUUGAAACAAAGGCCGGGCUGGGUCGAAGUCAAAGAUGAUGGUGAAUGGGACUUCCACUGGUGUGAAGUAGGAUGGCUUAGGGAGAAUUUUGAUCAUUCAUUCAUGGAGGAACAUGUAAGGAUAAACCACUUCCGCAACCGUUACGAGCUGACCCGCAAAGACUUCCUGUUAAAAAACCUAAAAAGAUACAAAAGGGCUCUAGAAAGGGGGGAGAGCUGCACAGAGGUUUCCAAAUGUGAUUUUUUCCCAUGCAGCUUUGCACUGCCUAAUGAAUACCAUCUCUUUGUGGAGGAGUUCAAGAGAAACCCUGGCAGCACCUGGAUAAUGAAGCCGGCUGCAAAAUCUCAAGGCGCAGGCAUCUUCCUUUUUAGAAAACUGAAAGACAUCAUGGACUGGAAGAAACAUGACGCCAGUCGCUCAGAAGAUCAGAAAGAUGCAGCUCAAGUGGAAAGCUAUGUGGCGCAGUGCUAUAUUGAGAACCCCUACCUGCUUGGUGGCAGGAAGUUCGAUCUGAGGGUCUAUGUGAUGGUCACAUCAUAUUUUCCAUUGAAGGCAUGGCUUUAUCGGGAGGGCUUUGCUCGUCUUUCAAGCACACGUUUCUCUCUGGAUAGUAUUGAUGACAAGUAUGUACAUCUCACUAAUGUGGCGGUUCAAAAAACAGCACCUGACUAUGAUCCUGAAAAGGGAUGUAAAUGGAAGAUCCAGAAACUGCGUAAGUACCUGACCGCAAAGCAUGGGAUACAGGUGGUUGAAACUCUGUUUACAGAGAUGGAUAACAUCUUCAUCAGCAGUCUACAGAGUGUGCAGAAGAUUAUUAUAAAUGACAAACACUGCUUUGAACUCUACGGCUACGACAUUUUGCUGGAUAAGAACCUCAAACCGUGGUUGAUUGAGGUAAACGCUUCUCCGUCGCUCGCACCCAGCAGUCAGGAGGAUUACGACAUGAAGUACAGACUGCUGGAAGAUACUGUAAAUAUUGUGGAUAUGGAGAAAAGGUUGACUGGGAAAGAAAAGAGGAUGGGCGGAUAUGAUCUUAUGUGGAAUGAUGGACCUGUCUACAGAGAGGAUUCUGACUCUGAAAUAUUUAGUUGUUCAUGUUUGAAAGCCAACACAAACUUGGGUAAGGCCACAUUGUUUAAGGUAUGGAAUCUUACUGUUAUACAACGUGUCAAUAAUAUGCCAUCAUUCAUUACUCCUGUGACACUCUUAUUUUUGUGCAGGAUGCAUGAAUGACAGGGAAAACCAUAUGUUUAAACAAUUUCCAGACCAGAAGAUUUGAUGUUGUUCCACAAAAGAACUUAAUAGGGUAUAAUGUUCUCAUCCAGGUCUGCAAGUAGCUUCACUAUUGAAUCGUAUUUGAAGACUCUGUCAGGUUAGUAUAGACCAGUGCUUUUCGAUUAUUUUCUGUGACACUCCCCCCUGAGGCAGAACAUUUUUCACGCCCCCCAAUUGUCCACCGCAAAUAUUGUAAAUACUAUUGUCAAUAAAAUUGUUAUAAGUACACCUCUGCAUAAAAUAACAUUCUUAAUAAUGUUACACAAAACAUACACCGUCUUUUUAUCUUCUCCCACAAUAGACGAAGUGAAGCCAAGCGCUACAUCCAACCAUCAUUUUCUACCACUUGUCCCUUUCGGGUCACGGGGGGUGCUGGAGCAUAUUUCACAUACUCUUUAUUUUAUUCUAAUACAGCAAAAAAAACAAAAAACAUACCUGCACCCGAGUUUAGUUCACAACUUAGGAGACAAACAUUUCAGUUUUUCAAAUUCCUAAAAACAAGUCAGUGCUCCUGUCGUAUAGAAGAAUUUGGACCACUGUAAGCACAUUGGAAGAUUCUUUCAUUGCCAUUUUAAUUUCCUAAAGCCCAGCAUCCCCUACAGCGGACAUUUGUAUUUGUGCAACAUGCCCACUAAUGGUACACACAAUAUUGGAGUUUGUACACAUUGUUUAGCGCGCGUUAUUUGGAUC